AUGCCUACAAAGUGUUCCUUAUCAGUCAUUUUGUCAUUUUCAUUUGCAAGCAAUAUGUCCAUUGAAUCAAAAGAUGAAAAAAUUACAAUUUGGAUUGAUAAUGGUGAUAAGAAAGCGGAACUUCAUACUAAAACACCAUGUUGUGAUACAAACAGUACACUAGAUGGAAGUAUUGCUGCAGCUAAUGAGUUAUCAUUAUAUGCUGGACAUAAAAGUCUUCCAUUAAUUACGGCAUUUUUUAAAAGUUUCAAUGUUCAAAAUGUUGAUGAUAAUAAAGAUGUACAAAAAAAGUGUACUGAUAAUAUGUUUAUUAAAUGA